UUUUCUCAUUUUCCUGGCCUUUUCUUUACUCUAAAAUCCUCUUCUCCUUCAACCAUCCCUUCCUCUCUCCGUCUCUCCUCUCCAUGCAUCUCCUACUCUUUCCUUUCAUCUCUCCUCUCUCUCUCUCUCUCUCUCUCUCUCUCCUCUUCCUCCUCCUCCUCCUCCUCCUCUCUCCUCUUUUCCAGCAGUGGAGAAUCAGUGAACAGCAGCAGCGGCAGCAGCAGUGUCACUCAGCUCGGCAACGACUCGCAUGAAAGUGAGGACCUCCGUUUUUCUUUUUCUUACCUCUUUUGUUUUUGUUUUGUUGUUUUUUUUAUCUGCAUCCUCCUCUUUCUCCUCCUCUUCUUCCCAUUCAGUCUUUUUCUUCUCUACUUUUCCAUCCAUCCUUCCUUUCUGCCACAUUCAUGUGUAUUGGAGUGCAGCAGUAUGAGGGUAUCAUGCAUUUCAAAUAGGGUUUCUGUCCUUGCUCCAACUAGAGCAUGUAGUCAUACGCCUCUCUGUUUAUUUAUUUUCAUUUUCCUGCAUCUCGUUGGAGAUGAGUAGGCCAGUCUUGUAGAUUUAACACAGUGUGUCAACCUGAUGUGCUUAUGAAUGGAUGUUUUCACAGGUAUGACUUUUUUUUUUUAAUCCUAACUUAAAUCAUGCAAAUCCUUCUUUCAGUGGGAGAUGUGUUGCAGCAGGAGCUCUGAGAUGAAGCAGCGUGCUUUUAGCCACAAUAUGAUGAUGAAAUAUUGACCAGAGCUGUGGCGCUGUGAGGAUUUGCAGUCAUGAAUAUAUUUGUUAUUUUGAGAGAUUAUAAAUCAGAUAUUUGGACCCUGGUGAGGAUGUUGUUGGACGGUUUCCUUCUGUAACCAAAGAGACUGAUUUUUAUUUUUUUGGCAGAUUCUUUCACUCCCUCAUUUUUCUCUCAUUCUCAUUUUUUUGUUAUUUUCUCGCUGGCUGGCAUAAAGACAAUCUGUCUGCGCUGAACAGCACUGGAAUCAGAACAAAAAUGGGGAUCAUAACGUCAGACAUUUAACCAGGAUGGACUUAUCGGAUGCGUUCACCGUAAUGGCCACGGUGCCGGCCACUUUGCCGCCAAACUCUUCCUUGGAGAACGUCAACCAGACCUCCUCCUCCUCGCCGAGAUCUCCUCCUCUACCUCCUCACUCGCAGGUGGCGUCGGUGUUCAUCGUGCUGGUGGUCACGGUCAUCAUACUGGGGACCGUGGUGGGCAACGUGCUGGUGGUGGUGGCGGUUUUCACCAGCCGAGCCCUGAGGCCACCUCAAAACCUCUUCCUGGUGUCUCUGGCUUCGGCGGACAUACUGGUGGCGACGCUGGUCAUCCCCUUCUCCUUGGCCAAUGAGGUCAUGGGCUACUGGUACUUUGGGUCCACCUGGUGCUCCUUCUACCUGGCACUGGAUGUCCUCUUCUGCACUUCCUCCAUCGUCCACCUCUGCGCCAUCAGCCUCGACCGCUACUGGUCCGUCACUAAAGCCGUCAGCUACAACCGCAAACGGACGCCCAAGCGGAUUAAAGCGAUGAUCAGCGUCGUUUGGCUCAUAUCCAUCGUCAUCUCGUCCCCGCCGCUCCUCAUGACGCAGCAGGAGGAGGCGGCGGAGGAGGAGGAGGGCGACGCGCAGAGGCAGGAGUGUCUCCUCAACAACCAGACAUGGUACAUCCUGUCCUCCUGCUUGGUGUCCUUCUUCGCCCCGGGUGUCAUCAUGAUACUCGUGUACUGUAAGAUCUACCGCGUUGCCAAGCAGCGAGCCUCCACCGUGUUCGUGGCGAAGAACGUGGUGGAGCGGCAGGUGUCGCAGUCCGAGACCUGCUUUGUAGGCACCCCCCAAAGAAGGGGCAUCAACUGCGGGGCGUCCCAGUAUGAGCUGGAGAGCCCGCGGCCCCCCAACCGACACAGCUCUUCCAACGUGGACAGCACCAGCAGCGGCCUCAGGAGAGGAGAGCUGGACGACAUCGACCUGGAGGAGAGGAGCUGCGAGCCCGCAAUAAAAACAUCCUCCUCGUUUUCCUCGGCUCUCCGCUUCCCCAGGAGAGGCGGCGGAACUGUGAAAAUAGAGGAGCAGAAGGAGGCGGAGGGAACGUCAAACAGGUUGAAGGUGCCGCCUCCUCCUCCGUCCUGCGCCUCCAUAUCGUGGGCGUCGUCCGAGAACUGCUCCCACCACUUCCUGCUGCCGUCGCCGGUGCCGCACCGCAGCAGGCAGAUGUCUAUGUCCAAGAACAAAGUGGCGCAGAUGCGGGAGAAGCGCUUCACGUUCGUCCUGGCGGUGGUGAUGGGGGUUUUUGUCCUCUGCUGGUUCCCGUUCUUCUUCACCUACAGUCUCCACGCCGUCUGCAGGGAGAACUGUACGAUCCCCGACACGCUCUUCAACCUGUUCUUCUGGAUCGGAUACUGCAACAGCUGCCUGAACCCCAUCAUAUACACCAUCUUCAACCGCGACUUCAGGAGGGCCUUCAAGAAGAUUUUAUUCCAGACUCAUAAACGGACAUGAGAUGUGAAUGUGUGUGUGUGUGUGUGUGCGUGUGUGUGUGUGUGCGUGAGUGCGUGUGUGUGUGUGUGUGUGUGUGUGUGUGUGUGUGAAACAGACACAGUUUUAAUCCUGUUUUCCACUGUGCUGUCAGACCGACAUUAAAGGGCUUGCCAUACA